AUGAGUCGUCCUAUAGUCAUUUCUGGUCCAAGUGGUACCGGUAAGUCCACUCUUUUGAAGAAGUUGUUCGCGGAGUACCCAACGAGUUUCGGGUUCUCUGUAUCGUCUACUACUAGACAGCCAAGAAAUGGUGAAGUGAACGGUAAGGACUACAAUUUCGUUACAGUGGACGAGUUCAAAUCGAUGAUAGAUAACAAGAAGUUCAUCGAAUGGGCACAGUUCUCUGGUAACUACUACGGAACGACUAUCGAGUCUGUGAAGGAGGUGACAAACAGCGGCAAGACGUGUAUCUUGGACAUUGACAUGCAAGGUGUGAAAUCUGUGAAACAGACCGAUUUGAACGCUAGGUUCCUUUUCGUGGCUCCACCUUCUGUUGAAGUGCUGAAGGAAAGGUUGACUGGCAGAGGCACCGAGACGCCAGAAUCUCUUGAGAAAAGACUAAAUGCAGCCAUUGCCGAAUUGGAAUAUGCUGAGACUGGCGCACAUGACUUGACCGUUGUCAACGACGAUUUGGAUGCCGCAUACGAGAAAUUGAAACAAUUCAUCUUCGAGGAAGAGAACAAGAGUGGAAAUGAUUGA